GAUCGCCCACUGUGCCACUCACGCACACACCACGUAGCUAAGUCUGCUAAGCUGAGCUAGCUAGCUAGCACACUCACCGGCCAGCGAGCAUGGCGGCAGCCGGUAAAGCUGCUGCUGGACGUCCCAAGAUGGGGGAGGAGAAGCUGAUCAUUCGGUCCGAGAAGGUGCGGCUCUUCGACAUCCUGUCGAUGAUGAUCCUGCGGCGGCCCAUCACCAGCUACGCCUUCGUCGACGUCGGCGACGAGACGGCCCGAGACAUCGGCAUCACACCCGGCGACAUCUUCGUCAAGCUCACCGAGAUCAUCCAGAAGGUGCUCGCCUCCAUAUACACGCCAGCCAAGUGGGUCGGCAUCCUCGUCGAGUUCCUCCUCAACUUCGUCGCGCUGAACGGAGGCCUGCUCGGCAUCCUAUGGAACAUCGUCAGAUUUAAGCUGGUGAUCCCGCGGCGCGACGCUGCGAACUUCCGGACGAUGAUCGGCAUGAUUGACGGGCGGACGGAGCUGAAACCGGCGCCGGAGACGUCCGCCGGCGACAUGAGGCAGCUACAGGUGCUCAACGUCCUGGUCUCCGGCGAGGUCGCCGACCUGGAGAGCGGGUACGUGACGGACGGGACGCCCCUCAUCGUGCGGACGUACCUGAUCCUCGAGAUCACCGUCAUGGCGGCCAAGAUCGCCUACGAGAACGCCGCCUUCGUCGAGAACGUGGUCAACAAUGUCUGGAAGUUUAAUUUCGUUGGGUUCUACAACGGCUGGAACAAGUUCUUGAAGGAGGAGACGACGCAGGCGUUCGUGUUCACGGACCGCCCCGAGGACGCGAACGUGGUGGUGGUGGCGUUCCGCGGCACGGAGCCGUUCAACAUGCAGGACUGGUCGACGGACGUGAACCUGUCGUGGUUGGGCAUGGGCGCCAUGGGCCACGUCCACGCCGGCUUCCUCAAGGCGCUCGGCCUCCAGGAGGAGGACGGCAAGGACGCCAGCCGCGCCUUCCCCAAGGACGCCCCCAACGGCGCCGCCCCGAUCGGCAAGACCAUCGCCUACUACAAGCUCCGAGAGGUGAUCCGCGAGCAGCUGAAGAAGCACCCGGCGUCCCGGCUCGUGAUCACAGGCCACAGCCUCGGCGGCGCGCUGGCUGCCGUCUUCCCGGCGAUCCUCGCAAUGCACAAGGAGACGGACAUCCUCGCCCGGCUCGACACCGUGCAGACCUACGGGCAGCCCCGGGUCGGCGACGACACGUUCGUCAAGUACCUCGCCGCCGAGGUGGCGAAGGUGGCGGCGACGUACUACCGGAUCGUGUACCGCUACGACGUCGUGCCGCGGGUGCCGUUCGACAUCCCGCUGAUCGCGGAGUUCGCGCACGGCGGCACCUGCAUCUACUACGACGGCUGGUACGACGGCAAGGUGCUCCCCGGCGACGCGCCCAACCCCAACUACUUCGACCCGAGGUUCCUGCUGUCCAUGUACGGGAACGCGCUGGGGGACCUGGUGAAGGGCGCCUUCCUCUGGGUCAGGGCCGGCAAGGACUACCGCGAGGGCCCCGUCUCGCUGCUGUACCGCGCGUCCGGGCUCAUCGUCCCUGGCCUCGCCUCGCACAGCCCCAGGGACUACGUCAACGGCAUCCGCCUCGGCCGCAUCGAGGCCAAGCAGGUCUGAGAUCGACGACGGCGGAGCCACGGCCUGCCGGUGGUAGUUGAUGACGAUGAGAUCGAUCUCCUCUUCCUCUAGAGAGAGGCACGAUGAAUGAAUUAAUAAGUUGUGUUUUGGGUGUGCGUAUCGUCGCGUUUGUGCGAUAUUUAUCCAGUCUGCUGCCUGUGUAUGUGUUCUUUGAAAUGGAGGUUGUAUCCCUCUUCUGCAUCAAAAUAAUACAUGUAUUUUCUUGUA